AUUUUAAAGCGCUGAGUCUUCUUGACCAAUCACUGCCUCCUCGUUGAGUUUUUACUACACCUCUUCUUAAAACCAGAAAACUUCCGUACUAUACAGCUUUACUGUUUGACGCAUUUAACAAUGGGGGCUUGUUUGGCUUUGUGCUCUCUGGGAAGCUGCGCAUCCUGUCUGUGCGGCUCUGCUCCAUGUCUGUUAUCAGGAUGUUGCCCCUCUGCUUUCAACUCCACGGUCACUCGCCUGGCUUUCUCCUUCUUCCUGCUGCUCGGCACGCUCGUGUCCAUCAUCAUGAUCCUGCCUGGAAUGGAGGCUAACCUGGAAAAGAUACCUGGAUUUUGUGAAAAAGGCGUGUCCAUACCUGGCUUUGAAGGAAAGGUAAAUUGUGAGGUUAUUGUCGGCUAUAAAUCGGUGUACAGGAUGUGUUUCGCUUUGGCUUGCUUUUUCUUCCUCUUCUCCAUCAUCAUGAUCCGAGUGCGCAGCAGCAAGGACCCACGGGCCUCCAUUCAGAACGGAUUCUGGUUCUUUAAGUUUCUGAUACUGGUUGGAAUAACUGUAGGAGCGUUCUUCAUCCCAGAUGGUACUUUUAACACAGUGUGGUACUAUUUCGGUAUGGUUGGCUCCUUUAUCUUCAUCCUGAUGCAGCUGAUUUUGCUGGUGGACUUUGCUCACACAUGGAACCAGAGCUGGGUGGAAAAUGCUGAGAAUGGCAACAGCAAGUGCUGGUAUGCAGCUCUGUUAUCCUUCACAUGUUUUCUCUACGUAUGCGCUUUUGCUGCGAUGGUGCUGUGCUUCGUGUACUACACCCAGCCAGAUGACUGCACCGAACACAAAGUUUUCAUCAGCCUGAACUUGAUCUUCUGCAUCAUAGUGUCUGUGGUUUCGAUUCUACCAAAAGUGCAGGACGCUCAGCCUGGCUCAGGUCUGCUGCAGUCCUCUCUCAUCUCUCUGUAUACCAUGUAUCUCACCUGGUCUGCUAUGAGCAACAACCCCAACCGGAAAUGUAACCCCAGCCUGCUAAACCUGGUUACCAACAACCACACCACCACUGUUGCCCCAUCCCCCACCAUCCCCCCUGGGCAAGUCCAGUGGUGGGAUGCACAAGGAAUUGUGGGAUUGGUCCUCUUCCUCUUUUGCACUCUGUAUGCCAGUAUCCGAUCAUCCAAUAACUCUCAGGUGAAUAAGUUGAUGCAGACCGAGGAGAGGCAGGAGUUGGCGGUGGACAAGGACACAGAAGUGGGGGAGGAUGGAGUGAGACGUGCUGUGGAUAAUGAAGAGGAAGCAGUGAGCUACAGUUACUCUUUCUUCCACUUCUGCCUCAUUCUGGCUUCUCUUUACAUCAUGAUGACUCUCACCAACUGGUAUCAGCCUGACACAGACUACAAGGCCAUGCAGAGCACGAUGCCUGCAGUGUGGGUGAAGAUCAGCUCGAGCUGGCUGGCCUUGCUGCUGUACCUCUGGACACUUGUGGCUCCACUGAUCCUCACCAACCGAGACUUCAGUUAGGCAGCAAAUAAAAAACCUGUUCCACCGUAAGUCCAUUUGACCUCAGCCACGUGGUUAAACUCAUACUCGCACCCUAGCAUCUUUACUACUGUUUACUACUGAAAAAAUUCUAGGAAGGAAUUUCAUAUAACUAUAUUCUACAUGAUAAUGAUCCAAACAUAUGAUCUGAUCCUAAAUGACUGUACACUACAGACUUGCUGUCUGAUGACAGACUAAUUUGGCUCAACAAAUAUGCUGUUUUGUGUGAGGUUUUGUUCAGGACGGUGAGAAAACGCAUCCAAAGGAUAAUCCAUGGCAGGCAAAAUCAAUAAACUGAUUUUCUUUCUUGCCUCAAAUGUGCUGUCUAAUCUUAACUUAACUCUAAGACACUUUUAUUAUUAAAAAAUCUAUGAAGCUCUAAGAAAGACAUUUUGCUUGUUAAUGUACCAAACAUCCUGCGAUUCUAGCAUGUAUCAGCUCAACCGUUCUGCUGUACACAGUUUUCUAUGUUUUCACUCUCUUCAGUAAUGUCAGAUCAGACCUGCUGUACUGUCAGAUCAGACCUGCUGUACUGUCAGAUCAGACCUGCGGUACUGUCAGAUCAGACCUGCUGUACUGUCAGAUCAGACCUGCGGUACUGUCAGAUCAGACCUGCUGUACUGUCAGAUCAGACCUGCGGUACUGUCAGAUCAGACCUGCGGUACUGUCAGAUCAGACCUGCGGUACUGUCAGAUCAGACCUGCUGUACUGUCAGAUCAGACCUGCGGUACUGUCAGAUCAGACCUGCGGUACUGUCAGAUCAGACCUGCGGUACUGUCAGAUCAGACCUGCUGUAUUGUCAGAUCAGACCUGCGGUACUGUCAGAUCAGACCUGCGGUACUGUCAGAUCAGACCUGCGGUACUGUCAGAUCAGACCUGCGGUACUGUCAGAUCAGACCUGCGGUACUGUGAUCUUUCCAUGUUCCUAUGUUGAUUUUUUUUUAAGAAAUGUCUUUCUAAUUUCUUUUGACCAAAGAGAAAGCUUUUAUACUGAAUGUUGAUCUUUGAAGGAACAAAUAUGUGGGUUUAUACUGAUUUUUUCUUGUAUUUUGCACAAUGUUAUCCUGCAGAAAAUAUUAUUAAAGCUUUUCACUGUA